AUGGCAGAUACAUCCAUCCAGCGGCGGACUUCUCUGAGGACUAAUCUGCUCCGAGGGUUCAUACAAAAGCUCACAUUGCGAGGUCCAGACCCUGACGAGAGCGAAACUCGAGAAGAGGUGACAUCUCCGACCGCAGCAGGAUUUCCCGUGUGCUUUGCCGUCGAUGUAUCCGGCAGUACAGAAGGAUGGAUCUUGGGGAUGGAGCAGGAAGCCAUCAUCGCAAUCAGCAGUGCCCUCGGCAAAACCACACAAUACUCGAUGAGCCGGUCAUCCAUCCUCCCGUGGAAUGACAAGGCAUACGGCAGGCUCCCUCUGAAGGACGUAAAGGACCUUGUAUCAGGUGGAGGCACGGCCCCCGCGGCCAUAUUCCAUGACCCCGAAUACAGAAGCUAUCUCCAGCAGGCUGGGCUGUGGAUCCUCAUAACUGAUGGGCAAAUCGAUCAACUCAAUGUCCGGGACUUCUCUAACUCGAUUCUGGAAGCUGGAGUCCAUGGAACUGCAUGUGUGAUUAUUGCAUUUGGGUACCGAGGCUGGUCCCCUUUUCAAUGUAAUGUUUCCGUGGGCAUAUCCGUAUUUGCCGUUGCUCCACACUGCCUAUUCCUCUACCAUUCUAUUCACGAGGACAAGACCUACGUCAUUCAGGCCAAGGGGUGCUUCAAAGAACUGCUGCCAGAGGAGAAACGGUUCAUCUUGUUCAAUGAGUCAACACGUUGGGAUGACCUUCACAUCAUCAGAUAUGAGGACUUGGCUAGGGUUCAAGUGCCUCAGCCUGCGAAACUAUUGAGGGAUUCUGUUUUACUCCCAAACGGAAAGAUAUUCGAUAUGCGAACCAUAUAUAAGAACAGGGUCUCGAAUGAUGAUAUGUUGGAGCUCCUGUCAGAUCCUGCCUCUCUUGAUGUCAUUUUGCUGGCGGCCAAUACCAGAGGGACUGGUUAUCUGGUUGAAGCUUGGCUAGAAAGGAUUCGGAAAAAACACAGGUUCGCAGCUUCAAGAGCCUUCGACCAUGAAGAAAUCAUUGAACGUGAAGACAUCGGAGGCAUAGGACUGCUUCAGCUCACCACGCUCAUCGUCCACGCCACCAAUGGUGCGGAUGAAGAUAACUUCUGGGACGUGCUGCGAAGCCAAUGCAUAUCUCAAGAUCCAACACUUCAGAACCUGAAGUCAAGUCUUUGCUAUCGGCAUCAACUCAACUGGAACAACUUCCAACUUAACAUUAACGCAAGAUACCAGCUAUUGUCUAAAAUACAGAAAGAGGUUGAUGGAGCCUUAAGUACGAUAUCGCACAUGGAAAGCGGCAUGUCUGCCCCAUCCCCAGCCUUGCUCACACCGAUGUCUUCCCUUCCACGGAAUAUGGAACAGAGUGCCACCUCCUUGUAUUCAAUCAGGCCCGGCGAGGAGCAGGAUUGGUCAAGUUUAAGCUGCUCCGUCGGACCAUCCUGCACAGACCGCCUCGGUCCGUUCUCAAAUGAGCCGUCCACAAUGAUGGUGGGAAACUACGAUGAGCCCAGUCCUCAGGUGGAUAUCAGUACCAUCACAUUUUUGCCGGAGUUCAAGACUCGAGAUGUUUCUGGGAUGUCUGAUUAUGAUAUGGACCAUCCGCCGGCCUACGGCACUUGUUUGCUCUGCGAUAGACCUGGAUCAAUCCAGACUCUGCUUUUCCAUUCCAGGACUACAGCACAGUCAACGCGCGGCUUACCAGCUCCGAAUAGUCGUUCAGGACAUAAAUACCCUCUUGUUUUAGGUAACUAUGCCGAAACAGACGUCACGGUCCCUUUAGUCACCUGCGACGGUUGUGCAUUUUUAUUCCAACACGUUAAGCAACUUCCAAACGGAGGAGGCUCGGUCGCCGCUUGUCUGCCUUUAGUUCCCCUUAAGUUGAUUGAGAACCGCUCUAAAUGGGUUGAAGUCCUGAGCGAGGUAUAUGAGCACCGCUUCAGCCAGAACAUUACCCUACUCGUCUUUUUGUCUACCCUCUGUUCCACCCUCGAGGAUCUCUCGGAGUACAAUGACGACGGGAUCAAGCCGGUUCAAGGGUGGUUUGAAUGGGCUUGUAGAGAAAUCAUGAGUCUCCCUGGCUUGGCUGGUCUCGUUGGGCUGACACCGGUUCUUUCUCGGAAGGUGAAGCCAAGCAUGCCUUUGAGAGAUGUGCUUAGGAUGAUAUUCUCAUCAAGGGGCAGCAACAGCGCAAUGGUAGAGUUGCCACUUCUUGCCUACCCCAUUGACGGGUUUAUUGUCAUAGUGAGACUCGCUCGGCUAGUCAAGGAAAUAGAAGUGUCGCAGGUCGAGCUUCUCGUAUGGAAAAGACUCUGUUAUUAUUUCAUUGAGCAGCAUGCAGAGACUCAAACUCGGCUAGGGGUCGAAGUCGCCGAUAAAAGACUGGACGAUUUUCUCUUUGACUCUUCAGCUUUAGACAGCAUCUCGCUCCCCGAUACCACCAGGCGAGCGCGCUCGGUCUGCCCAGUUGUCAACCUUUUAGAUACCCAUCUCCUCAGCUAUGAUACGCUCGAUCAGUUCCGGCGGAUAGAUCACUUUUUCGGUGCUAUCGAAAAUGAGAAGAGUUCUUUCAAAUUCGCAUUGGCGGUCAUCUUACAUUUGCUCCACGAUUUCGUGAAAAAUGAGUCAAAAAUUACAAAUCCUGGAUUUUGCUUCAGUAGACUACAAUAUCAAGCAGACAAACUUACUUGGGGUACCGCUUCUAAGGAUGUUCUAGAGAGUCCUGGUUUUGUGACGGAAGAAAUGGGCGCUUCAUUAAUCAUUCAGUGUAUUUCACUGAGUACGGCUUCAAAAGAAUAA